AUGGCCGGCGGCUCCAGGAGCAGGAGGCCAGCUGCUGCCCACUCCUUCAUCCUCCUAGCGCUGGUGGCGCUCACCCCCGCCGGCAAGGCGAGCGCGGCCACGUUCCAGGUCACCAACCUCUGCCCCUUCACGGUGUGGCCAGCUGCGAUCCCGGCCGGGGGCACUCAGGUGCCGUCGGGGACGGGUGGCAGGGUCUGGGGGCGCACUGGCUGCCGCUUCGCCCCCAGUGGCUAUGGGUGGUGCGCCUCCGGCGACUGCGCUGGCGCCCUGCGCUGCCAGCUCUCAAGCAAGCCCCCGGCAAAGCUAGCCGAGUUCACCAUCGGCGGCGGUGGCAGCGCCGCGGCAGACUAUUACGACCUCUCGGUGGUCGACGGCUUCAACCUGCCCAUAGACUUCAGGUGCGACGGCGAGGUCCACACGAUCCGGUGCAGGAACCCCGGCUGCCCCGACGCCAACCACCGCCCCGGCGAGGGCAAGGUCCACAGCUGCAAGGCCGACAGCGACUACCACAUCGUCUUCUGCCCAAAGUAA